AUGACUCUCACCAGAAAUCCGUGUGAAUUGGACACGAUGAGUCUGUUUCAAGACCUCAAACUUAAGCGGCGCAAAGUGGAUUCACGGUGCAGCAGCGACGGUGAGAGUGUUGCAGAAACUAGCACAUCGUCUCCAGAUAUGGCAGGUCCUCCAUCUCCUUGUCCAAAAUUGACAUCACCAAGUCCAGAACCUGAAACGCCGAGAAAUAGGGUAAGACUUAGUCCCGAACAGCCUAGAAUUCGUAGUAGCCCAGAACAGAGAAUUAGACUUAGUCCCGAGCAUCCCAGAGUGACUUCUGAACAAUUAAAAUUACGUUUAAGUCUCGAACAAUCUCGAAUUCGCCUUAGUCCCGAUCAGCAACCCAGAGUGAGACUUAGUCCCGAUCAGCAACCCAGAUUAAGACUCAGUCCCGAUCAGCAACCCAGAGUGAGACUCAGUCCCGAACAGCAACAAAGAUUAAGUCCCUUAAUUCAAAAAGGAAGUCCGGUGAUACAAAGGUCGAUGAGCGGGGGAGAGCAAAAUACUUCUGGGGGCGUUUUGAACAUGAUAUCUCCGGGAGCUUUUUGGGUAAAUUCCGCGGCGAGUGGUCGAAUAAACGGUGUGAGACCCGAACUCAUCGGAGGUAAUGUUAAUAUGAAUUUUCCCGUAAAUUCACAAAACUCUGACAUGAAACCUCCGCGACCGGUUUCCACACCCGGAACUCCGACCAUGACGAGACAAACGCCAACGGUCAUCAUGGGCGAGGCCGGCGGAGUUCGUACAAUGAUUUGGUCACAGCCCAAUCCAUCUUCACCGGCGGAUCACCAAAAUCAAAAUAUGGCUGCGUCAACUUCAGCUAUAAAUUGGUCGACUUCGCCGCAAUCUAGUGCGGUAAUAGUAGUGAAGAAUCAGCGGCGCAACUUUUACUUAAUCUCGGUCAACCCGAACCCUUUAAAUAUGGAAAGAUUAUGGGCUGGCGAUCUCACUCAACUUCCCGUUUCUCAACAAAAUCAAGCAUUGAAUUUAGCGUUACCACCCGGAGACUGGCCUCGAGAUGGUAGACCUCAGGGAAUAACCAUAAUCGGUGAACCCAAACAUGAUCCAGAAGACGACGAACAGCCAAUGAUAUGUAUGAUAUGCGAAGACAGAGCAACAGGGCUUCAUUACGGCAUUAUCACGUGCGAAGGAUGUAAAGGAUUCUUCAAAAGAACUGUUCAGAAUAGAAGAGUCUAUACAUGCGUUGCGGAUGGAAAUUGCGAGAUAACAAAAGCUCAAAGGAAUCGAUGUCAAUAUUGCCGUUUCAAAAAAUGCAUAGAACAAGGGAUGGUAUUGCAAGCCGUACGAGAGGAUCGAAUGCCUGGAGGAAGAAAUUCUGGAGCCGUUUAUAACUUGUACAAGGUAUUGAUGCGAGAGAGAGAUAAUAAGUUUUUAAAUGUAAUUUUCAACAACAACGAAAAAGGAAAUCAACAGAAAAGCUCCAUAUCAUCCGAGCAAACCCUCCCCUCACACAUCGUAAAUGGUACCAUACUCAAGACUGCUCUAACAAAUCCAAGUGAAGUGGUUCACUUGAGACAAAGAUUAGAUAAUACAGUUAGUUCUUCAAGAGACAGAACUUUUCCUUUAGAUACAAUUCUAAAUAUGAUUCAAGCUCUUGUUGACUGUGAUGAAUUUCAAGAUAUAGCGACUUUGAGGAAUUUGGAAGACUUAUUAGAUCACAAAUCGGAUCUCUCGGAGAAAUUAUGUCAGAUAGGAGAUUCUAUAGUUUACAAAUUAGUACAGUGGACGAAAAGACUUCCUUUUUAUUUGGAAUUACCGGUCGAAGUUCACACGCGACUUCUCACACACAAGUGGCACGAACUUCUUGUUUUAACAACUUCUGCAUAUCAGGCGAUACACGGAGUUCAUAAACUAUCGAGCACGAGCACGGCCGGACAGGAAGCGGAUUUCACACAAGAAGUUUCGAAUAAUCUUGUCACAUUGCAAACGUGUUUGACUUCGAUGAUGGGACGACCCAUAACUAUGGAUCAAUUGAGACAAGAUGUCGGUUUGAUGGUGGAAAAAAUAACGCACGUAACGUUGAUGUUUCGACGUGUUAAAUUAAGAAUGGAAGAAUAUGUUUGCCUUAAAGUAAUAACAAUGUUGAAUCAAGGUCGAGGAGGUUCAAACGAAUUGGAAGCAAUCCAGGAUCGGUAUAUGAUGUGCCUGAAAAGUUUUGUCGAGCACAGUUUUCCACAGCAGCCCGCGAGGUUUCACGAAUUACUACUUAGAUUGCCAGAGAUACAAUCGGCGGCAUCGUUGUUGUUAGAAAGUAAAAUGUUUUACGUUCCUUUUUUAUUAAAUUCAGCUAUCCAAAGGUAG